ACAGCAACAGCAACAACAGCAACAAUUGCCGGGGAAAAAAAUUGCCGCUGGUGCAUGGGUCAAUAUCAUAAUCUGAGGCAGCAACAAGUCGUGGCAGGCGGCAAGGGGCAGCAACGGGCGUCAUAAAUCAAAGCGACGCAAUUUGCUGCUGACGAACUGCGCGAAACGGCAACAACAGCAACAGCAACAACAACUGCAAUGCCUUUACUGCUGGCAACACUUGGGCAGCAACAGCUGCAGGCACAGCCACAGCAACAGCAACAACAGCAGCAGCAGCAGCAACACAAUAAUUCCCAUCGUCAACACUUGGAGCCAACGGCGGCGGCAGCAGCAGCAGCAGCUAUGUUGUUGCUGGAAACAGCAGCAGCAAAGACAACGACAGCAGCAACAACUACAUCAGCAGCAGCAGCAGCAGCAACAAGCACGCCAAUCAUUGCUGCUGCAGCACUUGCAACAGCUUCAUUGCCAGCAACAACAACACCUGCAACACCAACAACAACAACAGGUGUUAAUGUUCAAAUUACUGCCAAAGGCGUUGCUCGCUGCGAGUCUUCAGUCAACGAUCAACUGCCGCCAGUCGCAACUGUGGCCGCUUCGGUUAAUUAUGCCGCUUACGUAGCCCAUUUGAAUGGCUUUAACCCAAAGCACAACACCAACACCAACAAUAACAACAACAACAACCACAGUCCACCCCCAUUUGAGAGCCUGCUCGAAAGACAGCCGCACAUUCAAGUCAAGCAGGAGUUCAUGGAGCCAAUGGAGCAACGCAGCUUAAAUUGCAGCAAUGCCAGCAACAAGCAUGCAGCCAUGCCAAGCUGUCGCACGAAAACAAUGCCAAGUCCCUGGUAUAUGCGGCCCAUUGGAUAUCAUAAUUAUGAUAACAACAAUAAGGACGCCGAAUUGUUGAACUAUGUGGCAACCGGCCAGUCAGCGUUGCCACCCUUUGGCCUCGAUAUCGGACUGGGGCUGGGUGUCGGUCUCGGUCUGGGCCUGGAGCCGCAGACAUGUCUGCCAUAUUUUGGCCUCGAAAUGCCGUCCACAGCAGCCGUCACGGCCAAGGCGCACAAACUGCUGCCGGAGUUCUUGAUACCGCUGCACGAAAUCAUGUUUCAACAUCAUUAUCAGCAGCAGCAGCAACAACAGCAGCAGCAGCAACAACGGCAGCCCGUGGCAACGACAGCGGCAACAGGAAGCACAAUGGGCACAUUAAUUAAUAGUCUGCCUGGGCUAACGUAUGCCAAAACAGAGACAUUUGCCAGCGCCAGUUUGUAUGCUACAAAGUCGUUAACCCCACAGCAACAGCAGCAGCAACAGCAGCAGCAGCAACAGCAGCAGCAGCCACCUGCCCCAUGUGGCAUGCCCCAACGACCGCGUCAGAAUGGCGAACAGCAGUUCGUGCGUCAUUUUCACGAACGGGAUCGACUCAUACGCGAGCAUCAACUGCAGCAGCAGCGACUGCGUGAUUUAACCGACGACGACGACAAGGACGAACAGCAGCAACAACAACAACAACAACAGCAGCAACAACAGCAACAACAGCAGCAACAGCAGGUGGAGCUGAAGCCGACGGGCCAUAACAAUCAUUGGCAUGGUGUCGUCUAUGAUGGCAAUGGCAAUGCCAUGACAGCAACUCCCAAGCACAGCAGCAACAACAACAGCCACAACAACAACAACAACAAGAGCAACAACAACAACCCGGCAACAGCUGCAACAGCCUUCGCCUUGACACUGCCCCAACCAGAGGUUGUUGCUGCUGCUGCUUCGCACAAGCAGUUCCGCAUUUACGAGCACUCAAAUGGUCAACUUUGUUGCGAUGGCAACCCUGCCAGCCCCACAGCAGCAGCCGCAGCAGCAAAAGCAGCAACAACAUCUACAACAACAACAACAAUGAACAAAGUUAUGCGACACAUGUCAAACUCACCGACACCGCCAUCUCCCCUGCGAUCUCUAUCAGACUGCGGCAAAAGCUACGAGGAAGAGGAGGAGGAGGACGAGCUAGAGGAGGAUGUGGCGCAGAAUUUGAGCAGUAAACGCAGCGCACGCCAAUUGGAUGCAGACAUGGAGAACGAGGUGCUCAACUUGGCGCGCAGCGUUUCGCCAGCGGCCAAGCGCUUGGCCCUGGAGCACACAGCCGAAGCUGCGCUCGCGGCACAGUCCGCCGCAGCCACGCCCCCCACCGGGCUGGGCAUGCCGCUGACGGCGGCGCCGCCCGCAGCGCCGCUGGGCUUUGGGCCAGAGGAUAUGCAGCAGGCGCUGCAGCUGCAGCUGCACAGCUACAUCGAGAUGGUGCGUCAACUGGCGCCCGAUGCCUUUCCCAAUCCCAAUCUGGCGACACAGUUUCUGCUGCAGAACUCGCUGCAGGCGCUGGCCCAGUUCCAGGCGCUGCAGCAGCUCAAGCAGCAGAGGGAACAGCAGCUGCCGCCGCCCAGCGAGCCGCUGCCCACGCGACACUAUUCCACGCCGCUGAGCAAGUCGCCGCUGCGCAGUCCCUCCCUGAGUCCCGUGGCCCGCUCCAUGGAGCCGCAGCAGCAGCAGGCGCAGCGCACGCCGCCCAAUUCGCUGGCGGCGAGUCUGGGCCUGAGCAGCGCCGUCCUGACGCCCAAUACGCCCAGCAUGCAGCAGCAGCAGCAUCUGCAGACGACGACGACGACUGCCUCGAGCACGCCCAAGCCGUUGGCUAGCGGCGCCACCGUGGCCGCUGUGAUGGCAACCAAGCUGGAGCAGUCGCCGGAGGAGACCACCGAUCUGGAGGAGCUGGAGCAGUUCGCCAAGACGUUCAAGCAGCGUCGCAUCAAGCUGGGCUUCACCCAGGGCGAUGUCGGCCUGGCCAUGGGCAAGCUCUAUGGCAACGACUUCUCCCAGACGACCAUCUCGCGCUUCGAGGCCCUAAAUCUCAGCUUCAAGAACAUGUGCAAGCUGAAGCCGCUGCUGCAAAAGUGGCUGGAGGACGCGGACUCGAGUGUGGCCAAAUCGGCGGGCGGUGUCUUCAAUAUCAAUACGAUGACCACCAAUCUGUCCAGCACGCCGGAGAGCAUAUUGGGCAGGCGGCGCAAGAAGCGCACCUCCAUUGAAACGACCAUACGCGGCGCCUUGGAGCAGGCUUUCAUGCUGAACUGCAAGCCCACCUCGGAGGAGAUCAACCAGCUGUCGGAGCGCCUGCACAUGGACAAGGAGGUGGUGCGCGUCUGGUUCUGCAAUCGCCGGCAGAAGGAGAAGCGCAUCAAUCCCUCGCUCGACCUGGACAGUCCCACCGGCACCCCGUUGAGCAGUCACGCCUUUGGCUAUCCACCGCAAGCCCUCAACAUGUCCAACGGUGGUCAUGUGCUGCUCGAGGCCGGCGGCUCCCACUGCGGCAGCUCCAUUAGCUCCGGUGAAUGAUCUGCUGCCGGCUGCCAACUCUGGUCAGCUUGUAUAUAGAAAGAGAGAGCGAGGGAGCGAGAGAGAGAGAGAGCGCGAGCGAGUACUCCAAAUCUUCCACAAACAUUCCAAAACUGCAUAUCGUAUUAACCCAGAAUCCCAAUCCCCUGCCCCUGGCCCCGCCCCUGUUCCAGCCCCCUAGGUGAUAGUCAAGUCGUAUCAGCAGCAUUCCAUAACGAAUUUACGAGUACAGAAACAUAUAUAUACAUAUAUAUAUAUACAGCCCAUGUAGGCAUUAUAUUGGAUCUAUGUAGAGAGUUCCUCCUAGUUCCUAGCUAUACGAAUUUCUACCCUUCUAUCCCAAACUGUUUGUUGUCUCUGUAUAUGUGUAUAUGUACGUGUUCAGCAUGCCGAUCUAUCAAGUAUUUAUACAUCACACACACAUAUAUAUACAUAAAUAUAAAUAUAUUUAAUAUUAAACUUAGACACCUAUGUAAAAUACUAUCUAUAUACUACUAUAAAUAUAAUGAUAUUGUUGUACAAUGUCCAAUUGUAAAUUGAUCUGAACUCUUAGAUCUUAACACACAGAA